UUGGGGAAUGAAAAUGGAGUGGAUGCCAUCUUUAGCGAUGACGCGACGUGGACGCAACGAGGCAGUUCGGUACCGUUGAUUCGAUUAUUAUUUUCGUCGAGAACCGGGACCCGGAGGGUCGUUGCUCAUAUCGUUGAGCAUAGGCAACCGCAAAAUGUGAUCGACAAGAGGUGUAAACGGGUCGAAGAGACGGAGACACGCUUAGCGCGUACCAAAUGCCCAUAAACAAGCUCGCGAUCGUCUCGGCGCCAUCUUAAAAUCAGCUGUCACAAGUGAAGCAGACGAUACGCAGGAAUUGUCUGGACUAAUUGCGAGGUUGCGGGGAGAUGGAAAUAAAUCAACCCGAUGUUCAACUAGACGACGCAUCAUUGGGCCUCAUUUCCGUAUGCGUUAAGGUCGAAGAUCAAGAAUCUGAAUCGAACGAUAUAGAUGUGAUAUGCGAGGCGAAUAACCUGUGCGCGAUUGAAAUAAAAGAAGGACAUUCGUUGAUUCACGAACUGGAAACUAGUAUUUGCAAUAACACCGAUGAUCUAGAGACUUUGAGUUUGACUUUCAAUGCUCUGGAGCAUAACGUCGUGCGUACCUUGGCUAAUAAUUUGCCCGAAACAAUAACAUUAGGAGCUUUGCACCCGGACAUAAUUAAUGAAGAAAUUCAAAGACGAAUGAGCCAAGCGACCGAAGUCUUUAUCGACAACGACGACAGACUGCAAACGAUUCCUUACGCCGUUCCUGACUUUUUGGAUGGUUUGAGCCUAAAUGUUAAAAAAGAGGGGAACGGUAUUUAUAGCUCGGACUGGUUGUGUAUAGACCAGGAGGACACAAGUAGCACCGAACUAGAGUUGAGGGUUUCGAAAGGUGAGAAAAACAGGUCUGAAGAGCCGCUGAACGUCGAGGCUGAGACGGCUCCAGUCUCGAAGAGAAAAGGAAGGACGCGUGUCUUGAACGAACGUUACAGAGGCAACAUUCAGGGAAAAGUCAGCAGUUCGGAAAAGGUAAAGAGGAGAUUGAGAAGGAAGGGUAAGCCGCGCCAGGAUUACAGAGAGAGAUUGAGAAGGAAAGCGGAGUGCAUGAGAGAGAAGCGGAGAAAACUUUACGAGGAAGAAACGGAGGAGGAACGAUUGCAGAGGCUGGCUAAAGAGGCUGCUAAGAGAAGGGAAAUGAGAAUGUAUUACGAGACUCCCGAACAGAGGAGAAAAAGACUGGACGCCGAGGCGGCUAGAAAACGGGAGUACAGAAUGUACAACGAGACGCCUGAAGAGAGGCGAAAAAGGUUGGAUCGAGAGGCGGAACGGAGAAGGAUAAAAAGAUUGACUUUGUAUGCAAACGAAACUGCGGAACAGAGAAGGGAAAGGUUGAAUAGAGAGUCUGCGAAGCGACGAGAAGCUAGAUUGAAUCAGUAUUCGAAGGAGACUGAAGACCAGAGGAGAGAAAGAUUGAGAAAGGAUGCCCUAAGAGCAAGGGAAAUGAGGUUCACCAGGUCUGCAAUUGAAACCGAAGAGGAACGCAGACAAAGGUUAGUAAAAGAUGCUCUUAGAAAACGGGAAUUAAGAACGCAUGGUGGGCAUUCUGUGAGCAAUUUCACUGAACUUCAAACCGUUCGCAGUUUUGAGGAGUUGAACAAUGUGCAGAUGAGGGACGACCCCGAUAACCAAUUGGGGAGCCAUUAUCUCAGCAACUGGAUGAUGUGGUUUCAGAACACGCUGACCCAGCCAGUUCAUAUCGGGGAGCAGACCAUCGAGCCUCAGUCCCAAAACAAUGGAUGAACUCGUCGCAUUCCUUAGGCCCGACGAAUCUAGUAUACAUAUGCACAGCACACGUAUAUAGAAUCCAGAGCUUAGUAUGUAUCGAGUAAAUUAUUAACGGUUCAUUUCAUGUUCCAUUAAUCAAACGACACAAACGUGAGACGACCAUUAAUGUUUCCAUGUUUCACAAACGAAACACUCGAUCUGUAGCCAGCGGCGAACGUCUGGAUGGAUCUACGAAUGAAAAUGAAAUACGUGCGAUAAAACGAACUUUGAAGUUUGCUCUAGACAAUUUAGAGCUUAGGGUUUAUUCUGCUGGUGACUGGAACAAACUUCCAUUCGCUCAACCGGUAUAUUUUUUAUUUCCACAACGACAAUUAGUCUUUAACAAAUAACGACAGUGAUUUAUUAAUUAGUUAAGCUUGAAUUUAGAGCGGCUGGUACCCACAUCUAAACUUCUAAGCGUCAAUGAUAAGACGCGAUCGAUGUCCACCUAGCUCAGAAGUUUUG